UUAAACCUUUUUUUUAAAAUUUUAUGAAAACAAAAAAAUUGAAUUAUGGGUGCGAAUGGUAGUACGUUAUUUGGAUCAAUUCAACCAACGGAGAACGUAUCAUUUACAAUAAAUGGAAAGCCUUAUAUAGUGAAACCAGACGGGAUAAAAAUUAAAUUAACCACUAGUUUAAACUCAUUUAUUAGAAAUGUAGCUCAAUUGAAAGGAACCAAAGCAAUGUGUCUGGAGGGAGGUUGUGGAAGUUGUGUAGUUACCGCUGAAUUUGAACAUCCGGUUACUAAAAGGCAAACUAUUGUUGCAGUUAAUUCGUGUCUGGUUACAGUACUAUCUUGUGAUGGUUGGAAAAUUACAACCGUAGAAGGUAUUGGAAAUAAAAAAGAUGGGUAUAAUGUGAUACAAAAACGUUUGGCACAAUUUAACGGAACUCAAUGUGGUUUUUGUUCCCCUGGUAUGGUUAUGAACAUGUAUUCUUUAUAUCAAUCUGAAGAAAAUGGUUUAACACAAAAACAAGUGGAAAAUUCAUUUGGUGGGAAUAUAUGCAGAUGUACUGGUUAUCGAUCCAUUGCUGAUGGCUUUAAAACUCUAACAACUGAUGCAGAUCAAAAAUUAUUAGCUAAAUGCCAGGAUUUGGAAGAAUUGAAUAUUUGUUCAAAAACUGGAACAUAUUGUGCAAGAGAAUGCCAGAAAAAGAAUCCAAAUUACAUUGAGCAAUCAACACCACGAAAUUAUGUUUAUAUUCGUAUGGAUAACGAAAAAUGGUAUAAAGUGUUUAAGUUAUCUGAAUUACUUGAAGUUUUAAAUGGCGUUGGAGACGAAAAGUACAUGCUCGUGGGUGGAAAUACAGCUCAUGGGGUGCGCCGUCGUGAUACUGCUAUUAUGGUUUAUAUUGAUGUAAAUUCUGUAGAAGAACUCCACUCUUUAAAUAUUUCUGAUACAGAAAUAAAACUAGGGGCAAGUACUAGUUUAACUGAGGCUAUGAAAUUAUUUUUAAAAAUUUCUAAUGAGAAACCCAAAUUUGCUUAUUUAAAAGAAGUCUAUGAUCACUGGGAUUUGAUUGCAAAUGUACCUGUACGAAAUGUAGGAACAAUCGCUGGAAACUUAUUACUAAAACAUGGAUAUAAAAGAUUUCAAUCUGAUGUAUUUUUAACGUUGGAAACUUUUGGAGCAAAACUAACUAUUGUUUCUAAAGAUGGUAGCGCAGAGAAAGUUGUAUCACCUAAAGAAUUCCUAGAUAUGGACAUGAAUGGGAAAGUUUUAGUCAGUGUAACAUUGUAUCCUUUAGAAGGAAAUUAUGUGUAUCAGACCUAUAAAAUUAUGCCACGAGCACAAAACGUUCAUGCUAUUGUUAAUGCUGGAUUUUGUAUAAAACUAGGAGAUGAUAAAAAUAAAGUACUAGAAGCCACAAUUGUUUAUGGAGCAAUUAAUGUCGAUUUUGUUCAUGCCAGUGAAACAGAAAAAGUACUUUCUGGAAAGAACUUAUAUGAUGAUGGUACAAUUCAAGCUGUGUGUUUAAGUUUAGAUAGUGAAUUAAAAUGUGAUGUUGCGCCUCCAGAUCCUUCACCAGAAGCAAGAAAAAAACUUGCAAUCAAUUUAUUUUACAAGUUUAUUUUAAAUACUGCACCAGAAAAUUUACUAGAUCCAAAAUAUAAGAGUGGUGGCCCUAAGUUUGAUAGGCCUGUUUCAACAGGGAAGCAAGAAUAUGACACUAAAAAAGAUACGUAUCCAUUAACACAACCAAUCCCAAAAGUAGAAGCUCUUGUACAAUGCUCAGGAGAAGCCAAGUAUAUGGUUGAUGUUGAUACAUCACGCGAGGAUUUCACUUACACAGCAUUUGUUUUAGCUCGUGCAGCUCCAGGUUCAAAAAUUAAAUCUAUUAAUUCCGAUGACGCUAAGAAAUUACCAGGUGUUGUUGAUGUUAUUACAAGUAAAGAUGUGCCGGGACGAAAUAUUUACACAGUACCUGAAUUACUUUACAGUAAUAACGCUCAAAUUUUUUGUGAUAAUGAAAUUAAAUAUAACGGUCAACCAGCUGCUUUAGUUAUUGCUGAAACCGAGCAAAUAGCUCAAUUAGCUGCAAAAUUAGUUCGCUUGGAAUACGAAGCUCCUCCUAGCGAUAAGAAAAAUACAUAUACAGUUCGCGAUGCGUUAAAAAUUCCGAAUAAUCCCAGAAUUGUACUUGAGAGACAACACGAUCCAACAAAGAAAAAUACCGACGCCAAGCAUGUGCUGAAGGGAACAUUUGAUAUUGGAUCACAAUAUCAUUAUACAAUGGAAACUCAAACUUGUGUAUGUGUUCCAAUUGAAGAUGGAAUGGAUGUUUAUUCGUCUACACAAUGGAUGGAUUAUAUUCAAACUGCUAUUGCAAAAUCUUGUAACAUACCACAGAAGAAUGUGAAUUUAAAUGUACGUCGACUUGGUGGAGGUUAUGGAGCAAAAAUUUCUCAAUCAAGUUUAAUUGCAUGUGCGACAGCUGUUGCUGCAACAAAAUUAAAUCGUCCUGUAUAUUCACGAAUGAUUAUUGAAGAUAAUAUGGAAUCGAUUGGAAAACGUUAUCCAUGUUCAGCUGAUUAUGAAGUCGGAGUAGAUGAUAAUGGUAAAAUACAGUAUAUGAAAAUAUCAAUAUGGAUGAAUUAUGGAUACAUAGCAAAUGAACCUAAUGCCAAAGCAGUAUUGGAACACGUUUUUAAUUGCUACAAUACAGAAACUUGGGACAUAAAGGCUUAUGGCGUUACCACAGAUAUUGCAAAUAACACAUAUUGCAGAGCACCUUCUUCAACAGAGGGUAUUGCUCUUAUAGAGAGUAUAAUGGAGCAUAUUGCCGUUAAAGUUGGUAAAGAUCCACAGGAUAUUCGAACGGUAAAUGCAAGUGAAAAGGAUAAUCCAUUACCUGAUUUAAUAAAAGAUUUUGGUUUAAAAGCAGAAAUUGAAACUAGAAAAAAACAAAUUCAAGAAUUUAACAUGAAUAAUCGGUGGAAAAAACGAGGAAUUGGUGUAGCAUUAAUGAAAUAUCCAUUCGAAUUCUUUGGUAAUUUUUAUUCAAUGGUAUCAAUUUAUACGGGUGAUGGUACAGUUAGCGUGUGUCAUGGUGGUAUUGAAAUGGGACAAGGAAUAAAUACGAAAGUACAACAAGUAGCCGCACAUGUUUUAGGUAUUGAUAUGGACAUGGUACAAAUAAAACCAGCGAAUACGUUAACAGCACCUAAUAAUUUUGUAACUGGUGGUAGUGUUGGCAGUGAAAGUGUGUGUUAUGCUACCAUGAAAGCAUGUCAAACUCUGUUGGAACGUUUAGAGCCAGUUAAAAAAGAUAUGAAGGAAUACAAUUGGCUUACAAUGCUUCAGUUGAGUCGUCGUUUUGGUAUUGAUUUAAAUGCAAGUCACCAAUUUACGAUAAUGGACAGCGUGAAAAAUUACAAUAUUUAUGGUGUGACAUUCACAGAAGUUGAAGUUGAUGUUUUAACUGGUUUGGCACAAAUCAACCGAGUGGAUUUAUUAGAAGACACUGGUGAAAGUAUGAGCCCAGAAGUUGAUAUUGGACAAGUGGAAGGUGCUUUUGUAAUGGGAAUUGGGUACUGGUUGAUGGAACAUAUUGAAUAUGAUGAAACAGAUGGAAAAUUAUUGAAUACACGAACAUGGACAUAUCAUCCACCUGGUAUAAAAGAUAUACCGAUUGACUGGCGUGUCGAAUUUAGGAAAAAUGCACCAAAUCCUGUUGGUGUUUUACGAUCAAAAGCUACUGGUGAACCACCCCUUUGCAUGAGUGUUUCUGUAGCGUUUGCUAUUCGUAAUGCCUUAUUUGAAGUUCGUAAAGAGAAUGAUUCGUCAGCAGAUCCUUGGUUCCCAAUAGAUGGGCCAACAUCAACAGAUUAUAUUCUAUUAAAUUCGUUAUUAAAUUAUAAAGAUUUCAAAUUAAAAUAAAUUCAUUUUUAAUGAAGGUAAUGCAUAGAGUGUUUCAUUUUACAUGAACCAUGAUUUUUUUUUAUCUCAGAAUUCGUACAAUAGAUAAUUCAUUGGAAGGGGGAAAUAUAUGACAUGUAUAUCAGUUUUAUUAUUUAGAAAUGAAUAUAUUAAAAAUGAACUAAAGAUCCGCAUCUUUUUUUUUUAAUGGAGGACCUAUAGGUUUUUUCACACCCUGUAUACUUGAAAUAUACAGAAUGUUCGGCUUACAUUUAGGCAUAUAAAUAUCACGAGUA